UAUAUAUACAUACUCGUAAAAUUAAGGAUAGUAUAAAAAAAAAGGAUUUUAAUUUUUAGAUAAGAAGAUAAGAAAGCAUUUUGGUCAUUAAUACAAGGAGUUGGUAAUAUAAAUAUAUAUAUUUAACAAGAUGUGUGAUACCUUUGAAAGGAAUGUAGCAAGAGCAAAGGAGUUUAUGAGACAUUUGAGUACAUUUUUAAAAGGAGACAAUCACAUAGAAAGAGAACUCGGAGAUGUAAAUUCCACGGUAGAAUUAGUAUGUUUCGCAGAACAUAUGCGACAGGCAAAUAAUCUAAUGGCAGAACCAUACACACCAGCAGAAAUAAUAAAUUUAAUAAUACCAAUAACGGGGUUUACACAAGAUGUAGUACCGGGAGAUGCGCAGAAUGCGAUAUGUAAGGAGUUAGGUGAAGUUCUAGAUGAAUUAAUCGAGGAUGGAGUAAUAUAAAUAAAAUAAUGUAAUAUCAUAUAAUAUCAUAUAAUAUAAGACUAGA